AUGGACGUCAACCACAUCCCGAUAAAUGCAUUCUUUUGGAAAGAGGACAUGGCUGUGAAAGGUAAGUUGAGGGAUCACAUCACUUCCGUCAAAUGGACUAAUGCUCUCGUAGAUGCCAGCGAAUGCCGGCCAUCGCCGACAGUGCGAAAGCGAAAUGGCCGAUCUUCGGCUUCUAGAACUGCACAGCUUGAAGCUAAGCUCGAUAAUAUUGUAUCAUUACUCCAAACUACAGGCGGCACAUCUAGUAUGCCCGCGGAUUGGGACAACGCCAAUUCGAUUGCCAUGCCUGCUCAAAAUGCUCCAUCUUAUCUGUCUAAGACGGACCACCCCAUGGUCACCCCUCCUGGGAUGCCAUCGCCUGUGCCGUCAUCAUCAACUGAUUGUUCAAUGACCGAUGUUUGCAACUCGCUUCAACUUACUCCAGAGGAUGCCGAGAAAAGAAUCGGGAGCUUCCGCACUCACAACAUGAGAUUCAUUCCCUUUAUUCACAUACCCUCCCAUAUGACUUCCCAACAGCUCCGCGUGGAGAAGCCAUUUGUCUGGCUGACUAUAAUGGCGGUAUUGACCCCUGCGAUUGAUAGGAGGGAACUUGUCUUUGCCCAGAUUACGAAUAUCAUACACCAAAAGAUUCUCGUCGAGGUGGCCCCAAACAUGGAUAUGCUGCUCGGACUGAUGGUAUUCAUUACUUGGACCACGUAUACAAAACGCCCUUUUCUUAAUUUCUAUUCACACGUGGUCAUGGGACUUGUUUGUGAUCUCGGAAUCAAUCAGGAAAUUCCCAAGGAGCCGUCAACGAUGCAGGCUUUUAAAUGUGCCGUUGGUUGGAAACAGCCAAUGACAACUACAAGGACCAUUGAGGAACGAAGAGCCGCGCUUGGCUGCUUCUUAUUGACAUCUUGUGUUGCUUUGACAAUGUUUAGGAUCGACGCACUAAGAUGGACGCCUCACAUGGAAGAAAGCCUGCAGGUUCUCUUGGAUGCAAAGGAGUGCCCAGAAGACGAAAUUCUGGUCACCCUUGUCAAGAUCCAAUUGGUGAUGGAUAAAGUGCAUCAUCAUAGACGGGAUGGAGACGGCCAGUUGCCCUCGUUGCUAUAUACCAAGUCCUUUCAAGCACAGUUGGACUCAGUGAGAGAGCAAAUUCCGCAGCAUCUCAAACAGCUAAAUACUGUGUUACUAUAUAUCAGUACGGCUGAGUUUAUUAUUCAUGAAUCUGCCCUCAAGGAUGUAUCUCCUUCAAGUUCCCCAGAGCUACAUCGACUCGAAAGUCUCUGCACAUGCCUUCACGCAGCCAAGUCUUGGUUUGAUGUUUGGAUCACCAUUCCAGGCGAGGACUACCUGGGUAUGCCGUUCACCAUGUACUUCCAGUUCUCCAGAGCUCUGGUGACUCUUUACAAAUUAUCGACACUGGACGACCCGGCUUGGGAUAAAACCAUGGUCCGAAACACGGCUAACAUACUUGAAAUCCUCGAUCGUCUCACUUAUGGCAUGAAGACAUGCGCAGACUCUCUCAAUGUGGAAAAUGAAGAAUGGAAUAUCUUCGAAAAAGGGAUGAAAAUGACUCAGUCAAUAAAACAAGGCUGGGAGCCAAAACUUAUGGAAAUUUGGUACCCGAAUGUGCCAGCAAAUGAUCUGGGAGGCAACUUUGUGGCGCCAAGCUCUGCUCUGGAGCCUUUACCAACGAAUGGGUUCGAUGAUAUGUGGAUGAUGGAAAUUUUUGGGUCCAUGGGGUAG